CAGACUGCAUGAUAUAAACUUUCAUUCCUAACUCCUAAAGCAAUAACAACCGUUCAAUCCAACAUGGCAGCAGGACGGUAGAGUUCAUGGUGCACUUCGCGAAGGGGGGAAUUCAUUUUGAAUGCGGACGGGAUGGGGCGGAGACUCUGGCGGAGAGGGUGGAGCUCUGGUGGAGCAACGCGCCGUCAUUGAUAGAAAGGGAUAACACCGCCUAUUUGACUGAUCCAAUACUGUAUUCGACCGAUGAGAAAAAUCCUGGAGUUUCGCAGGUUAAAACUGAAAUUGGUAUAUUGGGCAGCUGUGAAAGGGCAUUCAGAAGUACAUCCAGUUAAAAAAGUAUUAGAAAAUUGCUGGGAACAUGAAUAUAUAAAUCUGAAUAGCUUUGGAUGGAAAGCAAAUGAAGAGGCUCAUCAAACUGGAAUAAAUAACUGUGCUGUUUGUCCUACUGUAGUAUUGCCAGCAACACCCCCAUGGCUAUUCCCAAUGCCUGUAGUUGACUUUCAACUUCUAGUGAGUAUAAAUGAUAAAAACAGACAAGAACCUAAAGAAACAAUAGUACAUAAAUAUUUGGAUCUGAAAUAUGUAUCAGUAAUUCAGCUAUAUACAGAUGGAUCUAAAGAUCCUGAAACAGGACAUACAGCAUCAGCAGUGUAUAUACCAAGAUUUAGGAACAAAACAGCAAAAAGAACAUCUAAUCAUAUAUCAGUCUAUACAACAGAAAUGCUUGCAAUAUUACUGGCUCUUCAGUGGGUGGAAGUGAUCAAAAUACCUGAAGUGGUCAUAUGUUCGGACUCUUUUGCAGCAUUAUUAAGUCUAAAGAGUGGAAAAUCAUCAACUAGGCAAGACAUUUUAUCAGAUAUUUUACAAAGUUUGUUCAGAAUACAUCAAACAAGAACAGUUAUCUCAUUUGUAUGGGUACCCGCUCAUAUAGGGGUAGAAGGAAAUGAAGUGGUGGAUCAAAUAGCAAAACAAGCAUUAAAACACUCAGACAUAGAGUUGAUUGUUCCAAUGAGUAAAUUGGAAAUAAAAGGGCUAAUUAAAGGAGCUGUAAAGGAUAUGUGGCAAAAAAAAAAAUUUAAAAAAUGGGACAGUGAGAAUAAAGGACGACAUCUAUAUAAUAUUCAGAGAAUAGUUGGGAGCGAGAGGAGAAGUUUUGGGAACAGAAGGGAAGACAGUAUAAUAUCACAUCUCAGAAUUGGGCAUUCUGCUCUUAACCAGUCAUUAUUAUUAUUAUUAUUAUUAUUAUUAUUUUUAUGUAGUUUUCCCUCUACAUCAAUGCUCCACACUCCAUCCCAGUAGGUGGCGGAAUAUGCACCAAAAGCUGGUUUGCCAACCGCCAUAAAACGUCAAAGAAGAAGAAGAAGAAGAAAAAUCCUCUUAUAAAUAGAACAUUUAAAGUACAAAUAAUAAUAAUAAUAUGAAUCUCGAUUAUUAAUGGUGAGCGCAGGCCUAUAUGCACUGGUUGUAACUUGUAUCCAUGGACAGACUGCAAGUAUUGUUAAGUAGUUCAUUUUAAAAUGUCCUCAAGCCGUAAUCCCAGUCAUG